UUUCCUGACAUACGGGUCCUUCCUCUCUCCCGCAGCAGUGGCCAGAAGCAGCGCGUAAGCGCGUUUGACCAAAGUCCCGGGUGAAGAUGUCCGCGCCGGGUCGGCCUUAUUACCUGGGGCUAGAUUUCAGCACCCAGCAGCUCAAGGUGGUAGCAGUGGACGAGACCCUGAACGCGGUCCACGAGAGCAAUGUACACUUUGACAGUGAACUUCCAGAGUAUGGGACUAAGGAUGGCGUCCACAUUCACAGUGACGGCCUGAGAGUUACAUCCCCAGUGCUGAUGUGGGUCAAGGCCUUGGACAUUGUCCUUGAGAAGAUGAGAAGCGAUGGGUUUGAUUUUUCCCGUGUGGAAGCUCUAUCAGGAAGUGGACAGCAACAUGGCAGUGUGUACUGGAAGAGGGGAGCCAGUCUGGUUCUGGAAGGUCUUGAUGGAGGGAAGCCCUUACACAAGCUUCUGGAGGGCUGCUUUGCAGUGCCCGAUAGCCCCGUCUGGAUGGACUCCAGCACUGCUGAACAGUGUCAGAGGCUGGAGGAGGCCGUGGGCGGGGCUCAGAGACUGGCCGACAUCACCGGCUCACGGGCCUAUGAACGUUUCACUGGGAAUCAAAUAGCCAAGAUCUACCAGACAAGCCCAGUGAAAUACAGUGAAACAGAGAGAAUCUCAUUGGUCAGCAGCUUUGCUGCAUCACUCUUUCUGGGGAGGUAUGCUGAAGUUGACUACAGUGAUGGCUCAGGGAUGAACCUGAUGGAUAUCCAAACGAAGAACUGGGCCCCGCCCUGCCUGACUGCCACAGCCCCCCAUCUGCAGGCCAAGCUUGGGAACCCUGUGCCUUCCACGACUGUGCUGGGUGCAGUGUGCCCAUACUUUGUCAGUCGUUAUGGGUUCUCAGCGGACUGCAAAGUGGUGGCCUUCACGGGGGAUAACCCAGGUUCUUUGGCAGGAAUGAGGCUUCAGGAAGGAGACGUGGCUGUCAGCCUGGGCACAAGUGACACGCUCUUCCUGUGGAUCAAGGAGCCCAAACCCACAGUCGAAGGCCACGUCUUCUGCAACCCAGUGGAAAGCUGUGCCUUCAUGGCCUUGAUAUGCUUCAAGAAUGGGUCCCUGACCAGACAGAGGGUCCGGGAUGAAAGUGCCGGUGGCUCGUGGGAUGCUUUCAGCGACGCCCUUAGAUCUACCAGCAUGGGCAAUGAUGGAAAUAUAGGCAUCUAUUUUGAUGUGAUGGAAAUAACGCCACCGGCUGUUGGGGUCCACAGAUUCAACAAAGAGAUGAGUAGGGUUGCAAGCUUCUCGAGGCAGGUGGACAUCCGGGCCCUGGUGGAGGGCCAGUUCAUGGCGAAGAGGGUGCAUGCUGAGAAGUUGGGCUACAAAAUCGUUCCUGGAACUAAAGUCCUGGCCACCGGGGGGGCUUCUUCCAACAGUGAUAUUGUGCAGGUCCUUGCUGACGUGUUCAACGCUCCCGUGUACACCAUCGACACGGCCAACUCCGCCUGCCUCGGCUCUGCCUACAGAGCAAAGCACGGAGUUGAGGCCAAAAGGGGUGUGUCUUUUGCCGAUGCUGUUCGACAUGCACAAGAACCGAAGCUGGUUGCGACGCCUGGCCCGGGAGCAGAACAGGAGACCAGGACACUUCUGUCUGAGAACAGACCUGACUGUUAGGCUGGUUUCCUACCAGAUUUUUAGGCCUCUGCUGAAGAGAUAUGCGGAAUUGGAGGAGAAGAUACUUGAAGAAGCAAGAAAAUAAGCAGUCAAUUGGUCCAGUGAAUUAAUAUGAAUUUCACAAAUUAAAACAUGAAAUUGACCCACCUCCUCUGGUAUUAAUACUGAUGUGAAACCGUUCACAAAAGAAACAAAUGUUACCAAUUAUUAAUAAGUGUUUACCAUGGUGAAGGUGGAAAAAUGAGUGUUGGAAAAAAUGUGAAUAAAAAAUCCUGUAUAUGUAGUUA